GAAGACUGCGAUGCCUGUGCCCACAGACUGCUCACAGGCUUUACCCGAACCUAGUAGCAGCUGAGAGACCGGUGCGGAGCGAGGGGUUCUGAACCCGGAGGAUUUCUCACGACCCUCGGACGAAAAUACUCUUCUAAAUGUACCCCUUUUACGUGGAUGACAACCUCCAAACAACCCUACAGUGAAAACUUUCAGCUCAGCAUCUGACGUGGGGGUGUAAUUGAGAUUUAAGCAGGUCCAAGAGCUGGCAUGAUGCAGGUGCAAACUGGGCUAACGUUUGUGAAAUGACGCGGUUUAUUGUGCCAUGCCAACUCCGCAUUGUCAGAUGCCAUUUUACUCUGCUUUAUACCAGCGCCUCGAAUGCCAACAAAGUGGGCCUGCUGUAGUGUAAUUACAAGUUCAUAAGGCUGUAGCAAACUGGUGCAAUGAGAGACUACGCUGUCCAAGUAGUGCGCAGAUUGGGCUGAAGCCUAUGGGUCCUGCGAACUGGAGCUCCAGACUUCCACUUGGAGAGGUGUGCGGCGGAGCUUCAGCGCACUGCUGUCGGCUUCACAUCUGGACCGCCUUCCUGCUGUCAUCUGCGGCCUGCCUCAAUAUUGCACUCUCUGAACUUGGUUGUUUUUAAGGGACCGACAACCUUGCUGUUGGGUUAAGGAAUAGGGAGGAAGAUUGGGCUAGGUCAGGACUGAAACGCCGUGGUCCGGAGCUGCGCUGGGCUGACGCUACCCUGUGACCAAAGCGCAUGAGUAUGAGUACUGCUUAGCGUGGUCGCGCGUUUGGGCAGCGCAGGCGUGACAUUGCAGUUCUCUCGCUAUAUUGGUUAUUUAGUCAGACAUAAAAUAGCGUGAAAGUGGAGUAUUGUCCGUCAUACGUCUCAGCGCAGUGGGAUUUGUACGUCUGGUCGGCGUUGCCCCCCGCCCUUCCCGCGGUGACGGUGAUGGGUCGGAAGCGGUGUGUCGGUGCAGAUUGUUCCAAGAUGGCGGCCGGGUGCUGCGGGGUGAAGAAGCAGAAACUGUCGGGAUCUCCCGGAUCGGGGGGUCCUGGCGGGGUGGGGGCGGGGAGCGGGGCUCUGACAGGAACCGGACAUUGUGGCUCUGACUUGGGCAUUGGCUCCUCGGCGACAGUAGCAGCAGCAGCGGGCAGUGUGAGCAGAGCGAACGGCCUGGGGGGAGCCGGGGGCAGUGUGAGCGGUGUUGGUAGUAGCAGCGGUAACAGCGGCGGCACAAGCACUCUGUCCCCAGCCCCGGCCGGGUACUCCUCAUCCGGUCUCUCCCCAAGCCUCAGCCCAGGCUCGGGAAGUGGAGGCAGAAAAAUGGUCGUCUCAGCGGAGAUGUGCUGCUUCUGUUUUGACGUGCUUUAUUGCCAUCUUUACGGAUACCAGCCCCCGAGAACACCCAGGUUUACAAACGAUCCCUAUCCGCUGUUUGUCACAUGGAAAAUAGGCAGAGACAAACGGUUGAGGGGUUGUAUAGGUACAUUUUCUGCCAUGAAUCUGCACUCAGGACUCAGGGAGUACACCCUUACCAGUGCCCUUAAAGACAGCCGCUUUCCCCCAAUGACGAGGGAUGAGCUGCCUCGCCUCUUCUGCUCAGUGUCUCUUCUCACCAACUUUGAAGAUGUCGGGGAUUACCUCGACUGGGAGGUGGGUGUUCAUGGUAUUAGGAUAGAGUUUUUCAAUGAAAAAGGAUCAAAGCGCACAGCCACCUACCUACCAGAGGUUGCAAAGGAGCAAGGUUGGGACCACAUUCAAACCAUAGAUUCCUUACUUCGAAAGGGAGGUUACAAAGCUCCCAUCACAAAUGAUUUCAGGAAGACCAUUAAGUUAACCAGGUACCGUAGCGAGAAGAUGACAAUGGCUUAUGCAGAAUACAUCGCCCACCGCCAGCAUCACCACUACCAGAAUGGCAUUGGGCACCCUCUACCACCCUACAACCAUUAUUCCUGACAGCGAGCCGCAUGACCAAUCAUUGGACCUCUCCGCGGACCUUUUCCCAGGAGAGCCUGCCCCCUCCUGGUCUAGCUAUUUCUACUACUGUACCAUUUUAUGAUGAUUGUUUCCGUUGCCAUGCUGGCCGUCGUUAAGACAGUGACAUGGCAACGGGUGGCAACAGAGCAUCAUCUGAUCAGGCAAGAAAAUCUAAGUUUUUUCAUUUUGGGUUUGCCUGUGGCUACUUAUUGCAGCAUAUAUAUGUAUAUCCAUAACCCCUGUCAUUCAUUGAAUAGAUUUUAUUAACCCUUUUAACCACACCUAAUCAGGUGUAUAAUUCUGUGGAUGGAAAGAAGUCUCUUAAGAUGACUAAUAUUUUUUAGGCUUUGCUACCAUUUAACAUACUAAGCUUAACAAUUUUGUUUAUUUUUUCCUCUUAUUAAUAAAACAUGUAUACAAUGUAGCAAGGCAACUGCAGUUCCCAAAGGCUGUGUCUUCUCAAAAUAGAUUGAUUGGUGAGGUGGGUUUAGCUUUGUAGUGUUGUAGUUUGAAGUUGAACUUGCAUAUUUGGAUUUGUAUUCUCUAAAGUUGAGAUUGUAGGAUUGUGAUGGCUCUCAAACAGCGUCUGCAGGUGUUUUCUUUUAUGGAGCUCACAAUCGCUUAAUGUUAAUCUGUGUGUGGAUAAAAACACUGGCCUUUCAAAAUAUGAAAUGUAGUAGUGUAUUAGACAUUAUUUUAUUUGCCCAUAAAGUCUUGACCAUUCAGUUUUGUAUUUGUGAAGGAACAGUCCAUUUUGAACACAACAGAUUUUUUCAAUUGACUUCAGUCUUAAAAUGAAAUCUGAAAGAAGCCAUUUAUUCUGAUAAUCAUGUCAGCACAAGUGAUUCAAGUGGAAGAAAAAUGCAACAGAUAGGCCAUGUUCCCUUUAGGAGGGCCUACCUUUGAUUUAAAAAAUAAAAAAUAAAAAAAUAAGUAGAGGGUUUGCUGUUUUGCAGGUGUUGGUACAAUGCUGAUGCAAUGCUUUGACUGAAACUGACAGGGAGGCUCUGACUUCUUAAAGCCAUAUUUUCUUGUUUCACAUCUAUAUGGGGUAGCAUUGCUGGUCAGCUAUUGACUAUGGUUGAUCUGUGAAUGCAAAUUUACCAGCCCUCAUCGUACUCACUCGUACCUCCAUGCGUCCAGGCCAUUGAUCCUGUGACAUUUUGUUGUAGAAAGUUUGUCUUACCUUUCAGAUUCUAGAUAACCAUUAACACUAGAAAAAAAAACCUUGAUGUACACAAAUAGUCUUUGUAAAUGUAAUACACCCCUGAACGUACACCAAGUUUGUGAAAUAUUUGUCAUAUAACAAUGCAUGUCAUUUUGUCUGUACAAACUCACACAGUAGCAGUUACACAGCUGUGGAGUUGGUCAUUGAAAGCAGCAUUUCUAGUCUUCUAAAUGUAGUCUUAAUUUCUGUAGAUUGAGGGGCAUUUAAAUUACUUAUUUUCUUUGAAUAGGUUGAAGAAAACACCCUUAAAUUGUAUCAGAUUUCUGCAUCUAAAUGUUUUACUGUUAAGGUCUACAACACAAACGCAUGGCUUGAGAAGCCAUUGCCAUCCAUUAGACCUUUUACUUGUCCACACACAAUAGCUGGUUUUAAUAAUGAGGAUUUCCAGGUGAUCUGCUUGCUUUGGGAGUUUUGGUUUUAGCUCUGCAUACUGGAAUUUUUGAGAGGUUCUUGUUACUUGACCAAGAUCUUAGUUUGUAACAGCCUUUACUAACUGACAUGUUAUUUUUCUUUAUGCAAAAAUUUCAAGGGCUUUUGGCACUCCAUCCACAGUAACCAGAAAUGACCCAAUUUAAGUUGUGUUGCCUUAAGAGAAUGAUUUAAUAAUUGGUGGACCAGUAGAUGAUGAUUACUGUUCCUCUGCUCUGUUUACACUGCAAACAAAAAAGUAUGAGGAUAUUUUGACAGCCUGCAGCCUCCUUCUCUUCUGUCUUAUUCAGCUGCUGGGCCUCUGUAAAGUAAUGCUGCGAACUGCUGGUGUACAAAUAUUCCAACGUUGCCGCCAGUACAAAUGUGAUCUGAAGAACACUACACAAGGAACAGUAGACAUUCAUUUUCUGGUCCAUUAAUCACAGCACAACCUGAAUUUCUCUGCUGCAAAACCAAAUUUAUCAUGCUCUUUUACAUGUUAUUGUAUAUACAUGCAAUGUGUCUAUUUGCAUGUAUGUAUCAGUAUGAGACCUAUGGUUAUAUCCAUAUGCUUGAUCUAUGGCUUAGACACUCUUACCCAUUAAGAGAUUUAAAAGACAAAUAUGGUGCUAUCAGACCUCAUAUUGGGGUGGUCACUGUUCGUGACUGGUCAUGCGGACUCAUUUAUCAUAUCAUAUAUACUUUAAGAUGCUACGUGUAAGAUUUUCUCUCCAGUAUCUUGCUGUAAAUUGAGCUAUGGCGGCACACUUUGAUACACAUCUUAUGACUGUCACCGAGCAAACUGUAGCCCCUAGAAUCUCUGUCCAUUGUGGGAUUUGGAAUCAAUUCCCUAUGGGAAAAACAGAAAAGUCCUAGGAGCAUACAUGUCUAUGGGGCUAUCGAAUGUACUGUUAUUAGGAUCUUGCAGCGGCAUGGAGAGAGAAAAUCCUAUGUGUUACCUUUAAUAUCCUUGAUAUAUGCAGAUUUGUUUAACAGGUGUUUUUGUUUCAGUGCAAGUCAACACCCUGCAGGUUUGAAAGGACAAGAAGUCACACAUUGACCCUCUCCCUGUUUACUCCCCACACUGUGGCCCAACCUCAUGGCCUCGUUUGUUAAGGUGUGCGACAUGUUGUUAGCUAGAUCGUAACCGUAGUAACAGCCGUUGCCUUUCCCGAAAGUCUGGAUGGUGUUUUUCCUCGAAGCACAUCCACAGUUUUCUUCUAGCUGCUGAAUUUUUUGACCUCCUCGGAAGGUCCCGUUGUUAUUAUUGAAGGAAGCACCUCAUGGCGGGGACACCGUUAUUAUUGUUUUACUCGUCAUAGAGUUGCAGUACAGAUGAACUGUUGAAAGCAUUGAUACCUCAUGGGACAGUAUGGGACGGCAGUAGUAGUUUGUUGUAGCAGACUGAGUUUUGGUUCCAUACCAGGGUUAGAGUUCAGCCUCAGCAGUUCCUGACGUGUCAUUCUCAUGUUUCGGGGAAUGCUCGAGCUUGUGUUACCUUCGUAUGUUUGACUGAACCAAAGAUGCCAGCGGCCAUGCCCAAAUGCUGCUCUUCAGGCCUGGCUUCCUGUCCUUCCAAAAACCACCCUGCAUAUGACAAAAUGUUCUGUGUUGUUUCUUUGUGUGUGUGAUUUAUUCAGAUGUCUUGAUUUAUUGAGCAACCCGGUUAUUCAAUGAGUUUCAUUGAGUCUGUCUCUGGAGCUUUACUAGCUCCUUGGAUGGUUUGUAAUGGUUGCAAAUGUUACUUGUUUUGUUUAUUGUUGUUAUUAUUUUUAAUAUUAUUAUUGUUGCUAUAAUUUACAAAAAUGAAAAUCCCAUGGUGUGCCUCCUAGCUUUAUGGGUUUAUAAAUGUUUUUUUUCCCUGAAGACCAGCAGUUAUACUUUGUAUAAAAGAUGGAUUUUUUUCCUUAUUUUUUAUGCCAUUAAAGAUGAAAAGCCUGUUUUCUUUACUCUGGACCCAGUAGCUGCACUGGUAUACAAUCGCACUGAUAGAAGACUAAAAAAGAAGAAUCAAUAAUAAUGACAGAUAAAAUAAGAACUACAAUAAACUUGUGUUUGAGACUUUUAUUAAAAAAAGACAAAAACAACAUUAAAAAAAAAAAAAAAAAGAAAAUGACUGUUUUUGUACAUCAAAAUGAAUUCUUUUAAAAUGAAUAUUUUGGAUCUAGUUUAAAAUUAUUUUAGUGGUUUUCUAUGUUUUGAAAUGUUUGGGACACUGACUACUAAGAUGUGUCACUGUAAAAAAAAAUGACAUUUUCAGUUGCAGUGGCCCAAUGGGCUGGGAGGGUUACCUGGUGUAACUCCUCGUACCAACUUGUUUUUUUUUUUUUAUUUCCAUUUUUGAAUCUUUGAUUCUCUGCUUUAAUAACUUGAAAAAUGUUGAUGGAAUAAUAUGAACUGGGAAUUUCAAGCUCACCCCCUGUAGAGCUAGACCCUUCCUCCUUCUCUAUUGAAUUGCUGUUUGUGUGAGACUUGAAACGGGCAUUUAUAAUGGCGGUAUGACUCCAAACUGAAACACACAACAAAAAAAGUGCAAAAGAAAAAAACUUAUCCAAAAAAGGGGGAGCGGGAAGAAAAAUAUAUAGAUGGGUUAUUUGAGUAUGUAAGCAAUGGCUGUGAAGAUGUAGUUUUAAACAUUGUUAUUACCUUUUAAAAAUCAUUUAUUCAAUAAAAAUGACAAAAUCUGUUGUAAAGC